AUGGAAAAAUAUAUAUGUAUUAAAGAUUUGGAAGAUGCAGCCACUGCGUUACUCCCGAAGGCUGCCAGGGAUUAUUAUAAAAGUGGUGCGACGGACGAAUUUACCUUAGGUGAAAAUAAAAACGCAUUUCAAAGGCUCCGUAUAAGACCAAAAUGCCUCGUCGGUAUUUCGCACUUCGAUCUGCACACAACUAUUUUAGGAGAAAGAGUCACAAUGCCAGUUGGAAUAUCACCAACCGCAAUGCAGCGGAUGGCUCAUCCCGAUGGCGAGACAGCUAAUGUUAAAGCUGCACAAGCUGAAGGUGUAAUAUACACUUUAAGUACAAUAUCAACCAGUUCCAUUGAAGAAGUGGCCGAGGCUGGUCCUAAUGCCGUAAAGUGGUUUCAGCUGUACAUUUAUAAUGACAGGGAAAUCACUAAGCGACUUGUGAUGAGAGCUGAAAAGGCUGGAUUUAAAGCAAUUGCACUAACUGUUGAUACUCCGAUAUUCGGUUUAAGAAGGGCUGAUGUUAGAAAUAAAUUCACACUACCUCGUCACUUAAAAUUAGCCAAUUUCGAAGGACAUUUAUCGACGAAGAUUCACAGCACAGGAGAAGGUAGCGGCUUAAGCCAUUAUGUUAACAACUUAUUUGAUAAAACGUUAACUUGGGACGAAGUGAAAUGGCUAAAAAGCAUUACAAAAUUGCCGAUCAUUGCUAAAGGAAUAUUACGUGGUGAUGACGCCGUUAAAGCGGUUGAGGCCGGCUGCGCUGGAAUUCUGGUCUCUAAUCAUGGCGCGAGGCAGCUCGAUGGAGUACCAGCUACGAUUGAGGCGCUUCCUGAAGUGAUAGAAGCAGUGAAGAAUUAUAACGUCGAAGUAUACCUUGAUGGAGGUGUAUCGAGUGGCACAGAUAUAUAUAAAGCCCUGGCUCUCGGUGCUAAAAUGGUGUUCGUAGGACGACCGGCACUGUGGGGUCUAACAGUAGGAGGAGAGGCGGGUGUUAGAAAAAUGCUCGGUAUUUUAAGGAAGGAGUUGGAAUAUACAUUACAAAUAGCGGGAACACCCACCGUAGAUGAUAUAACUCGAGAUAUGGUUCGACAUGAAUCGGCUUAUAGCAGACUGUGA